AUGUUGUUGGUUUCGCUCGUCAGUUUGUUCUCAUUCGGAUUCGCAUUGCCGAUUUCGAGACGAUCUGAGAAUCAAUUCGUCCACGAUCUUCUCGACUUGGGCUCAUCUCAAGUCUCUUCACAACUCGUCCCAAUUGAAUUGAUCCGAUCCGUCGAGAAGCGGAUCAGUGUUGAUCCAAUGAGCAUACCGCGACUCAUCAAAGAGCCGCCGCUGAAGAAGCGAUCAGACGCCGUCUACCCGUCGGCAGCCAAACAGCCUGUUCCUUUGAUCCGAAUUAGGGAACCGCCACUCAAAAGGAGUCAAACGUUUUUCGAGAAUGUCGCCAAUUCUCAAGAGUACCCAAUCUCUAGGAUACGAGCUCCUCAUCCGAUCUACUUCCUAUUGUAG